ACGACUUCUAUGUAGACGAGGCUGUAUGCGACUCGCGACUGCGAUUGCAUCGGCGAUUACGAUUGGCUAUUUCAAAUCUUUACGGCCGCCUAGCCAAUCACAAUCGCCGAUGUAAUCGCAAUCGCAGUCGCGAGUCGCCAGUCUGAUACAGGCGUAUUACGGAAUCGCAGGUAUGAGAUACAAGGCUUGUUUCCUGUUGUCACAUGUAUAUUUUUUCUCAUUCUAGCUUACUGCACUAGUUCACCAGUGCAGGAACAGAAAACAAACCUCUAGUGAACAAAAGAAAAACACUCACCGACUCCUUCCGAAAUCUUCCUCCAGUUCCCUCUUUCGCUCUCCUCCUCCUCCUCCUCCUCCUCCCCAGCCGAAGGCGAAACGUUGGAAGCGCAGAAAGUACGCGAGCAGGCAUCCUUCGCGCGAGCGGAAUCCUUCGCUAAACACCUUCGGAAAAGAACAGAACGCCCUCCGAUCCGGCGACGCUUGCCGCGCGUCGCUGCCCCGCGAGAAGAAGAGCGGAAACGCGACGGGGAACGGAGCGCGGCGCGCCGCGCCGCGAGCGCGGUCCGACCUGACCGCGUGCGCGCGCAUCAUUCAUGGCGGCCGCGAGUCGCGGAGUCGUGGGUCCGUUCGCGUGCGUGCAGGCAGCAGCGGUACGUCGGCCAGCGAGCCCCCCGGAGUUGACGUCGCGCGACGAUCCGCGUCCGCGGAGGCACGGCAGCCGCGAGCGUGACGUCGCGAGCGAGGCUCGAGCCCGGCCGUCGUCGGCAACGUGCCGCAACCAACCGGCAAGACGAAGCUCAAAAUGCCACUGGGCAAUCAUGCCGCCCUCACACCGCUGGAAGACAUGUCCGCGGGACGAGGGCAGGCGGGUGGAGGGCCUCCUCAGAACUGUCAGAAAGUUUUUAUACAGCGCGACUACAGCGAAGGUACUAUGGUCAAGUUCCACACGCGGUUCCCCACGGAACUGGAAAGUAGAUUGGACAGACAAUUGUUCGAGUACACGAUCAAUCAGUUGAACAACUACUUUGCCGAGGCAGAGCGUGCCAGUUGUUCCACGUACUGCGAGAGCUGCCUAUACUGUCUCACGGGUUAUCUGAUAAGCAUAUGUACCGAGACGCACUACGAGAAGUGUCUGCGCAAGGUCGCCAAGUUCGUCAGCGAGCAAAACGAUCGGGUGUACAAGCCACGCGGCCUCCUGCUGACGGACCCAACGACCCGCGGGCUCAGGCUAAUAGAGAUCUCGGUACUGGACAGACCUGCGUCGUGACUGCAUAUUAGCCGAUCCAGGGAGUUCUUCAUGUGACCCGCCGCGCAGCACUCUGGGCAUUACCUCGCCAGAAUCAUGGACAUGCACGCGUUCGUGAAUGCCUGUCGGCACAAUUACGGGGCAUACCGGCUGGUUUGAGUCACGUUCGCAAGGUGCGCAAGUUUUCGCGAGAUUUGAAGGAACGGAUUUUUUUCCAUCAGCGACACCCUGCGGGCCACGACGUUGCUUAGACGCACCUUGCACGAUUAAUCUUGCCGAGUACGCGUGUAAUGAGCCGAGGCUCUCUUGUCGUCGAUUCGUGCCUCGUUGGUUUAAGAAGAUAAAUAUGGGUCGGAUUUGUAAUUAUGUGUGUGUAUGUGUGUGUGUAUGUGUGCGUGUACGUGUGAGGACCUGCGGGAAACGGGGAAACACACCGGAAUUGCGCGCGAUUGAUUCGUGGGAAUUUCGUGGGAAUUAAUUAUUACAAAGUAAGCUUGUACAAGGUCGACCUAAUUGCGGCAAGAGAGUCUCGCGUUCAUUCGCACUCGCGGUGUCUCGAUCCUAAGUGGUAGCUGCUGCGUUUUCGAGGGUGGGCGUGCAUCGAGGCGCGUGGAUGUGUAACGAAGCCGUGGCACUUCUAUAUAAGUUGAAUUUUCUAUAUGCGUAAUAGAACAUACAACAUACGAAAGUAUAUCAAGUGUACGGGGGCGAAUCAGGGUGGCGCGAGUCGCGCUCGCGUUACCGAACGACGCGAAUUUGGCUUCGCCGCGAGCCGCCCGCGUUGAUUUGCCACGUAUACGACGGGGUCUACAUAUUUUUUUACUGUUCAUUUAUGACUUUAUCGUAUCACCUGCAUUUAAUUAACGAGACGUGAAUGGGAUGCGUGUCUGCGUGAAUUACUUAGCGAGGAGAUGGCAUUCGGUGCUGGCGUCUGUAGCGCGCGUUUCGUUCAGGUUCCGCCCGACCGAGAGCCGCGAUUACGAGCGAGCCCUCGUACCCGACGAGCGCUGACGAGCGAAUCUCCGAGUUACUCUCAUCUUCCGCGAUGUAUCUUCCAUUGCGUCUGUGUAUCCGCGCGCAAAAAGCGCCAAGUCUUUUCGCAAUACGUAUAUUACAUUGGGUGGGACACGUUCGGCUCGUCGCGCGCGUGGAUGCCUCUCGACACCGAGGACGGUAGAGUCGAUUGAUAUUACUGGCACAAACCAUUCGUCGCGCCGUAAAGAAACCCGAGGAUUGGGCUAAAAAGGAGGGAGAAAGAAAUUGUGUAAAAAGGAAAAAAACAUGGAGAGGUGGUGAUAUAAAAAGUAAGCUACAAAUUGAUUGGCAAUGUGACCGAGGCGAAAAAUACCGUUGGCGAUGCGGCGCGAGACUUGGUGCGUCUCUCAAUCGUAAUUGGACACCCGUCGCGACGCUGGAUAUGCUUCCCGUAUUCCGUUCCCGCUAAUUAGUUGUAAAUAAUAAUGAUCUCAAACGAUACAACGACGCAACACCAUGUCUACCUUUACUUUCUCUUUACGCGCUUCGGGAGCCUAAGGCAUCGUAACGCGCGAGACGCAACACCAGGAGAGAUCUUUUUUCCGGCGCAUCUCGAGUGUCGAACGAAAAUUGGUCUACGAUCGACCAGCUCGAUAUGCCAACAACGUAACGUGCGCGUGGGGGCCUCAAGUAGAGAACGACAACUUCAGCGAACGCGCGUCAAGAUCUCGGCAUUCGCGUCCAUCGGCAAUUCGCGCCUUGUCGCGGCAUCGCGUGCUACGGCGCAACCCUCUCGUUCUUGGUCACAAUGCCCGCGGAGCCUGUCCGACGUUGUAAUGCGAUGCUGUCUUGCUGAAAGGUUCUUGCCAAAUAAGCAUGUCACUGCCUCGGCGUACGACUCUCCCAGCGCGUACGGGCGCACGGGGGAGACGUACGGGCCGGAGAUCGUCGAAGGGGAGAUAUUUUCGGGAUCGAGCGAGAGAAGGGAAAGGAGAGAACAGAGCGCGCGCCGUGGGGAAAAAAAGUCUCCCGGGAAAUUGCGAAAGGUUUUCCCGUCGACCAAUUUCUUUUCGGCGUCGCAAACAUCACGUGCUCGAGGGCUCUGACUGCAUGUGCGCGCGCGCGCGCGCAUGUUGCGUGUAAUGUGUAUAUAACGGAUUAUAAUCGUCGACACGAAGUAUGAGGAGACGGAAGGGAGCGAAAGGAAAAGGAGGAACCGUUUGUUAUACUUAAUUUAAUUUAGUAGGACCAAUAUUGGAUUGACGAUCCGUAACUGUAAAGGACACCAUCGUACGAGUGUAAUUUCUAAAUGUUUUAAUAAUAAAAAGACGGCGUAAAUAUA